UGAGCCAGCAUCAAACUUACAAGUUACCGGAAUCUCAUCCAAAUCCAUGAGGAUCACAUGGGAAGCAUCUUCGGGGCAGAUAACAGGCUACAAGCUGCAGCUCAUUCCAAUGUUAGCUGGCAGCAAACGGCAGGAGCUGUAUGUGGGUCCCAAUGUCACAUUCGUUAACGCCAGGGAUCUGUCUCCGGAAACGGAGUACCAGAUCAACUUGUUUGCUUUGAAAGGCCUGACACCAAGUGAACCUGUAAUGGUGAUGGAGACAACCCAGCCUGUCAAAGUGUCCUUGGAGUGCUCACUUGGAGUCGAUGUUCAAGCUGAUGUUGUCCUUUUGGUUGAUGGCUCAUACAGUAUUGGUCUGUCUAAUUUUGCCAAAGUGAGAGGCUUCCUGGAAGUUUUGGUGAAAUCGUUUCACAUUGGACCCAGGAAGAUUCAGAUAAGCCUUGUCCAGUACAGCAGGGAUCCUUACACCGAGUUUGCUCUGAACACGCACCACAAUCUUGAUGCUGUGCUGAAGGCUGUACGCAAUUUCCCCUACAGAGGAGGCUCUACAAACACAGGGAAAGCAAUGACCUACGUGAGAGAAAAAAUAUUUGUCCCCAGCAAAGGAGCUCGGCUAAAUGUUCCGAGAGUCAUGAUUCUCAUCACAGACGGUAAAUCGUCAGAUGCUUUCAAAGAUCCUGCUACUCAGCUACGGACCUCAGGUGUGGAAAUCUUUGCUGUUGGUGUGAAAGACGCUGUCCGCAGUGAACUGGAAUCCAUAGCCAACUCCCCUGCUGAGACCCAUGUUUACACCGUAGAAGACUUUGAUGCUUUCCAAAGGAUAUCAACUGAGCUCACCCAGCAAAUAUGCUUGAGAAUUGAGCAAGAACUCCGUGCUAUUAAAAUGAGAUCUUUGGUUUCUCCAAGGGAUCUUGAGUUUUCUGAAGUGACAUCUAGAAGUUUCCGAACCAGCUGGUCUACAGACUCUGCAGAUGUCCAGUCCUUCCUUGUUAAAUAUGGAGCAGCCUCGGGUGGAGAUGAAAUCACCAUCUCAGUCCCAGCAGAAACUACCUCAAUCGUCCUGACAAAUCUAAUUCCUCUCACAAAGUACAACGUCAGCGUGCUUUCACAGUAUGAUAAAGGAGACAGCUUUCCAUUGAAGGGAUCCGAGACAACUCUCGAAGAACAAGGAACCCCUCACAGUUUGAGGGUAUCAGAAGAAACUAUGGAUAGUUUUCGGGUCACGUGGGGGGCCGCCCCUGGGAAUGUUGUGUGGUACCGACUUUCCUACUAUCCCAUUGGAGGAGGAGACACUAAGGAAACCAGCAUCCCGGGAAGCGAGACCACAGUUGUGCUACCGGAACUUUUACCAUCCACCACUUACAGAGUUUCUGUUGCUGCAGAAUAUCAGUCUGGGGUUGGAGGAGAAAUGCAAAUCGAUGGAACUACGAAAGAAGCGAGAGGAUCCCCCAGGGACUUGCAGGUUUCUGACUUCACUGUCUCCAGUAUGAGGCUGUCCUGGGUUGCAGCUCCGGGUCGGGUGCUGCAGUAUCGCAUCGCAUUCAGACCUUCAGCAGGGGGAGAAGGCAAGGAGAUCUCAGCCAAGGGGAGCGCAACCACUGCACUGCUGAAGAACCUGCUGCCCAGCACUGAGUAUGACCUGUCUGUGAGCGCCCGGUACUCCUCUGGGCUAGGAGAGCCACUCGCUGGGAAAGGCACAACACUGGAAG